UGCAGAAUUUCCCCCAUCGAAACCCCCAGCUUUCCCCACUCCCCUCGCCGCCGGCCGCCGCCACCAUGCUCCGCCUCCAAAAACAUCUCCUUCCCCUCCACCGAUCCACCUCCCCCACACACCUAUGCCUCCAGCGCGCCUCCUCCUCCCCGAGCCACUUCGCCGCGGAGGACUACCUCGUCACCACCUGCGGCCUCACCCGUGAGGAAGCCGCAAAGGCCGCCAAAUGCUUCUCCCACUGGAAAUCCCUCGCCAACGCCGACGCCGUGCUCGCCUUCCUCACCAGCCCGGCGCUCGGCCUCUCCAAGGCUGACAUCGCGUUCCUCGUGACCAAAGACCCGCGCAUCCUCAACAGCAGCGUUGCCAACAACCUGCGGGCCCGCUUGGACGGCUUCCGCAGCCACGGCUUCUCCACCGCGCAGAUCCGCAGCUUCGUCCGUGCGUGCCCCUGCUUCUUCCGCACCUUCAACAUCGACGAGAAGCUCGGCUUCUGGAUGUCUUUCUUGGGCUCGCCCGACAAGUUUCUCCGCAUCAUCAGGCGUAGCUACUACCUCGUCUCCUCCGACCUCGACAAGGUGGUCAAGACCAACAUCCGGCUGCUUCAAGAGCGCGGGUUAUCUGUUCAGGACAUUGACAAUAUGUGCGUGACCAACCCGAGGCUGCUCACCUCCAACCCGGACGUCACCAGGGCCGUCCUCGUGCGCGCCGAUGAGCUCGGCGUGCCGCGGAACUCGCUUAUGUUCAGGCAGGCGGUGAACACCGUGGCAGGCCUCGGCCCGGAGACGAUGGCCUCUAAGCUCAAGAUGAUGCGCAAGACGCUCGGGUGCUCCGAUGCUGAGGUUGCCAGAAUGGUGCAAAUGAACCCGCUGGUGCUGAAGACCUCCAGGGAGAAGGUUCAGCGUGUGUACGAGUUCUUAACCAAGGUGGUUGGAGUUGAUGCCAAGUACAUCCAGGGCAGGCCCGCGAUCCUGAUGUACAGCCUGGAGCGCCGACUGGCACCCCGGAAUUACGUGAUGAAGGUGCUCCAGGAGAAAGGAUUGAUCCGGAAAGAUUUGAGCUUCUACACGAUGGUUACAGCUGUUGAGAAGGUGUUCUACUCCAGGUAUAUACAUCCAUAUAAGGAUGUUCUUCCUGGCCUUGCCAAUGCAUAUGCAUCGGCUUGCAAAGGGAGAAUACCCACCUGAUGCUUGCUAUGAAGGAUUAUGUUCGUUUGUUCCAAUGCUUUGAAUCUUCGCUAACAAACUGUCUAUACAGGCAGCAAUUUGUGUUUAAUUCUUAGCACAUUCAGAUACCCUGAUGUGCACUCUGCAACUCUGUACUCGGCCACUAGCAUCAGAAGUGCUGAAACUGUUAACCUUACAAACGUAUGAUGAGCCAAGCAUUAUGCUUUUUUUUUGGGGUCUACCUAGGUUCUGAUUCUGAAAUGAAUUUUAUCAUGUUUGAACACAUGCAGGGGUUUGCAGGGGACAAACAUAAUGUCUUUGUGAUUUGUGUAGGGUGUGUUUUCUUAAUAGUUUUUCUUUUCAUGUCUGUUAUGACCUGUCAAUUUUUAAACAUGGGAUGUAAAUUGAGUUUUAGGAUUUUGGGGACAAAUAUGGCUCCUUGAGUUUUCAUUUCAACUUGUUUAUUCAAUUGCAAGUUCCAGUUUUUGACAAAAUAUUCAUGCCCACCUUUCUGCUUCACUCAGACCAUUGGUAUCCAGAAUGAUGUUGGUUCAGAAAUUAAUCUCACUUUCUUCCAUGAUCGUGUUUUUAUGGUCAUGUGCUUAGCCUUGCCUUCUCUGAACUAUAAAUCUUUGAGCAUUUUUUUCAGCUAGGUGAACAUUCAGUAUCAGUUAUAGGAUUAAGAAUACGGAUGCAAUCACUGCUUCAGGUGGUGCCUUUCCUGAACUAUAGAGUCCAUGGGCAUUUUCUCAGCUAGGUGAACAUGCUGUAUCGGUUAUAUGUUAAGAAUAUAUAUAUAUAUAUAAUCACUGCUUCAGAUGGUGCCUUUCCUGAACUAUGGAGUCCAUGGGCAUUUUCUCAGCUAGUUGAUUUCCAUGAGUGGAGAAAAGUGGAGAUUCCAAAGUUCCUUCAGACAACCGCCCUACCAAUUCUAGCUUCUCAAGAGGGUUUUUCAUAGUCAAAUCUCCAAGCAAUAGGAGCUCAGCUUCAUUGAUGGCUCUUAUGUGUAAUUUGAUAAGCUGGUGCAUCUUUGAUAAAGAGUAGCACAGUUGUGCAUAGGAAAACCUUUCAUUUUAUUUUUAGUGAAUGCAUAAUAUUCUUGGGAGUUGCCACUUCUCUAUGGGAAAUGUUUUAGCACAGGUGGUGAUUGAGCAAUGGUGGUCAAUGACUGUA